ACCGGACGGUAAUGUAACCCUUUGCAUCAAACCAGCAAUGGACGAGGUGUCGGGUAUAUAAAGGCUUCACCCUGCCCUGUUUCAUGACUUUGGCUUCUUUUCAACAGACCUUUACUACUCAAUUUGACUGCCUUCUACUUCUAUUCGGGACACUUCUACUCAAAUCACAUCUAAUAAGGAACUAUCUCGUUGGCCAAAUCUUUCUGCUCCAAGAUGUGCCAACAGGAAACCGCUGCCAAUGGCUGGACCAGCAUGCCAGCCAACGCAGGCGCCAUCUUCGGUGACCAGCCUUUCAUCAACAAGCCGGAACCUCUCCCUCUGAGCGAGAUCAAGUUCCCCUUUGAUGAUCCCACUGUCGCAAAGACUCUGGAGUAUGCGAAGAAGACCCUCCAUCCCGAGACCUUCAAUCAUUCCAUGAGGGUUUACUUCUACGGAAUGGCCAUCACCAAGCAACAGUUCCCCGAUAAACAUGCGGCCUUGAACCCAGCAACCUGGGCCUUGGCCUGUCUGCUCCACGACCUCGGCACCGCAGAGGAGAACCUGACCGCCACCCGCAUGUCCUUUGACAUCUACGGCGGCAUCAAGGCCCUCAUCGUGCUCAAGGACUUCGGCGCCACCACCGAUCAGGCCGAGGCCGCUGCCGAGGCCAUCAUCCGCCAUGAAGAUAUGGGCGUCGACGGAACCAUCACGUACAUUGGACAGCUCAUCCAGCUGGCCACCACCUACGACAACACCGGGAUCCAUCCGCACGUUACGGAUUUCGGGAGCAUGAUCCACGAAUCCACUCGUGCUGAGAUCAACGAGGCUUAUCCGCGUAUGAAGUGGUGCACGUUCUUCUCUGCUACUAUUCGCAAGGAGGAGAGCAUUAAGCCUUGGUGCCACUCGACUCAUCUGGUCAACUUCGACAACGAGAUUGAGGCCAACACGCUGAUGAAGAAGUGGGAGUAAGCUCUCAUUGUGCGGAGAUCACCACGCUCUAGCUGAGGACUUGAGCUUGCGGUUAGUGCGCCCGUUGGAAAAAGUCAUGAUUAGAUGAGAGAAGAUGGCAUAAAUAGAACUCGAAUGUGCGAAAUUAUUACUUGUUUGUCUCUCUAUAGAUCU